AUGGCUCCAACGGCGAAUAACAUACAUUUGUAUUCCACAAAAGGCUCACCGGUAACAGAUGAUGUCUGGAAAUGUCUAACAUGCAGAUUUUCCAACUGCACUUAUCAAGAAAACAAAAUACAGUCCAAUUUCGAACAUGUCGUCAUACAUUGCAAGGGACCAGCUCCUCAUCACUAUUAUCUUGGCGAUAUUGUUCAAGGGAAAAUUGCAAAUUGGACCCAAAUUCUUGUCAAUGAGGAGUAUGAAGAUGCGAUAAGUGAAGUGGCGUUACCAUACGUUAUAAAUGAGGCAUAUCCACUGCAACAAGGAUUUGAAGCUCUUGUAAAGAUUUUACUUCCUCCUGAUCAGCCAAGCCGGUCAAGUUCCAGAUCAUUGCCUGUUCUGCUAAAAGUUUACGCAGGUCCGGGUCCACAACAAGCUACCGAUGAGUUUUCUAUAGCCUAUGAGGACUAUCUCGCCGCCUCUCGAGGUUAUGCUGUUGUAACGAUUGAUGGGCGAGGAGCCACCGGUCGUGGAUGGAAAUAUCGAAGUGCAUUCUAUGGCGCACUGGGUACAGUGGAAAUAGAUGAUCAGAUAGAGGGCAUACGGUAAAA